CCGGGAUAGGCUGGUACCCAGAAGAUCGACGAGAUAAUCGAUAAAUGGUCGGGGAAAGCCAUAGGUGGAAACCAAGUACUCGUCAGAAACCUCAUCCAGACGGAAGCGGUCGAGGGUGCGAUGUCCGCGGCCAUAAAGGAAUUUACAGACACAAUGGACGCCGACCUCAGCCCGCAGGACCGGAAGGACUUGGACAAGUUUGUCAAAUUCUUUGCGUUAAAGGCAGUCCAAGUCAUCGUACAAGCCCGGCUGGGAGAUAAGAUUUGUACUCGUUCGUCUUCCUCUCCGACAGGUUCAGACUGGUUUAACUUGGCCAUAAAAGACAUCCCUGAGGUGACUCAAGAAGCCAAGAAAGCUCUUUCAGGCCAGCUGCCAGCGGUGGGGCGCUCCAUGUGUGUGGAGAUCUCCCUAAAGACCUCAGAGGGAGACUCGAUGGAGCUGGAAGUCUGGUGUCUGGAAAUGAAUGAAAAAUGUGACCGGGACAGCAAAGUGUCCUAUACCGUAUAUAAUCGUCUGUCAUUACUACUGAAGUCAUUACUUGCUGUGACCCGGGUGACCCCAGCCUAUAGGUUGUCUAGGAAGCAAGGACAUGAAUACGUCAUUCUCUACAGGAUUUAUUUUGGAGAUGUCCAGCUCCUGGGACUUAAAGAAGGGUUCCAAGCAGUACGUGUCGGGACCGUAGGGACUCCCAUUGGAACCCUUACUUUGACCUGCGCCUAUAGAACCAAUCUGGCCUUCAUGUCUACUCGGCAGUAUGAAAGGACCCAGCCCAUCAUGGGGAUUAUUAUUGAUCAUUUUGUUGACCGACCUUUCCCCAGUACCGCACACAUGCAUCCCUGCAACUACAGGGCACCUGAGGAUCCAGGAGCUGUGUACCCAUCUGUGGAGGAUUCUCAAGAUGUCUGUGCCACGUCCUUUUCUACAUCCCCUCCAUCACAGUAUGUCUUCACUCUCAGUAAGGCACAGUGUCACACAGCCUCUCCUGUGGUUACGGACUCCCACAGGGUCCUGACGAUGGGACUGACCUUCCCUCACCAACUGUACAGCUCUCGCCUUUCUUACCAGCCAACUAUGCUCUGCGCCGGAUCCUCUGACCUGGGCUACCCUGUGGCCUUGGCUGCCGGAGUGAGUGCUACUCUUCCUCACCAGAUGAUGGUGCCAGGAAAGGAGGGAGGGUUGCCCAAUAUUACUGCCCAACCAGCACAUGGUACUCAAGCAGAUCAUGACAGAGCGCUUCUGACAUCACCAUCACAUGUAACUGGCACAACCUCCAGCAGUGAGGAAGCGGAUAUCCCAUCUGGCAGCAGCACCGCAGGGAGAAGCUCUUCUCCCAAUAAGUCUCUUCAUAUCCUUUUUACCCGUAAAGUUGGGGCUUUUGUGGACAAAUCUUCCCCUCAGGUGACUUAUGCCAGCACAGAUAUACCAUUUGCUGUGUUUGCACCCAAACUGAUCAGUGUGGAGGACACGGACCUCAUGGUGUUGUGUCCUGAGACUCCAGAAGAGGUGUCGCCAGAUGCCCGUAGUCUGCAGAGUUCCUGCUCAAGCAAUGAAGUGCCCCAAGAUGACUUUGUUAUGGUGGACUUUGAUUCGCUGCCAGAAAAGUUGGCCAUGCAUGAAAAAAACAUGGAGGAGUUUGAUGCCUUUGUCGAUUCCCUGCAGUAAGAUUGGGUGGGGGGGGUCGGUCUUAAGCUGGAGGUCCCUUACUGUAGGAUUCGGAGUGCCUCUGCUUGCCCAGUCUUACUCUUUAAACUCAGGCCAAUGUUUUGUUGUUCCCCAAACGCACUUUUCGGACUCCUGUAAGGAAUUCUUUGUAGCACAGCUGCUAACUGUACAGGACUCGCUGGCCGCGCAUGGUUAGAAUUCCACCAGGGAUUUGGUUUCUUCUAACGGACCAGACCAUUUUGGUUGGGGGGGGGGGGGGGGGGUGUCACUAUCAUGAGAAGAACCAGAGGAAGAACCCGGAAGCGAGGUGUUGAGAAUAACCAGAUGCUGUAAAUAUGACGCUGUGUUCCAAGACAAAGACUGCCAGGCUGCACUGCACCUUAUACGCCCCCUUGUGGGCGAAGUGCGCUUGUAAGUACUGCACUACCAUGACCAUGGUUAACCCAGCGCGUCUUGCCUGUCUCCACCUCAGGUAUGCCAGUAAAGAAGGGGUAACCUUAUUAUACACAAUAUAAGCCAGUUUUUCACAUCCAGUGUGCCUCCAGCUGUUGCAAGACUACGUCUCCCAGCAUGCCCGGACAGCCUUCGGCUGUCCGAGCAUACUGGGAGUUGUAGUUUUGCAACAGCUGGAGGCAUCCUAGUUGGGAGAAACACUGAUGUAGGGGUUGGAGGAUCCUGAAGCAUCACCCUAAAGCAGUGUUUCCUAAUCGGUGUGCCUCCAGCUGUUGCAAAACUACAACUCCCAGCAUGCCUGGACAACCUGUAUACCUUCAUGCCCAAUUGUAUCUCAUCUUGUAUCCAGGCUUGUGGCCCCGACAGGAUACGAGAGCUUCUUUUCAGUUAUAACAGUUUUUCCUAAUAAACUUCUCCUUUUGCUCUAAUAUUGUGAUCCCAGGCAUGUUGGUGGUUGUAGUUUUGCAACAGCUGGAGGCACCCUGGAUGGGAAAUGUUAAUAUAAGCUAUUGCUAAUAUUCUGUAAAUCAAUCACAAAUGUUAAAGGAGAACUCCAGCCAAAACUAACUUAUCCCCUAGCUACAGGAUAGGGGAUAAGUAGGUGAUCACAGGGGGCGGGUCCGACCUCCGGAACGGGACCCGGCGCCAAAUGAGGAGCUCUUAAUUUAUUUAUAUGGGAGCACCGAAAAGACCUGAGUACAGCAAUUGGGCAUCACUGGCGCUUCCAUAGAAAUGGAUGGAGUGCGAGCCGUUACGGAUACCGGAGUUAACCCCUCACCGCCCAAAAGACCCGACCCCCACCCCCCACACACACACACACACAUCAGCUUCUUAUCCCUUAUCUUGUGGAUAAGGGAUAAGUUAGUUUUGGCUGAAGUUCUCCUUUUAUGUUGUAUUUAACCCUUGUGCUUUCUUAAAGGGGUACUCCGGUGAAAA